CUUUUGCACCAGCGGCGGUGAGGAGGGGGGGUGGUCGCUCUUUCUUUUUCUCUUAGAAGAGGUUUUAGCACAGGUUUCCUCGCUCUCACUUCCACCUCACCUCACCGCCUCCCGACCCCCCCUUCUCCCCCUCCCCACCUAUCGUCAUGACGGCGUCUCCGGAUUACUUGGUGGUGCUUUUUGGAAUCACUGCUGGGGCCACCGGGGCCAAGCUGGGCUCGGAUGAGAAGGAGCUGAUCCUGCUGUUAUGGAAAGUCGUGGAUCUGGCCAACAAGAAGGUGGGACAGUUGCACGAAGUACUAGUUAGACCGGAUCAGUUGGAGCUGACGGAGGAUUGUAAAGAAGAAACUAAGAUCGACGCCGAGAGCCUGUCCUCGGCGCCGCAGCUGGACCAAGCCCUCCGACAGUUUAACCAGUCAGUGAGCAAUGAACUGAAUAUUGGGGUAGGAACCUCCUUCUGUCUCUGUACUGAUGGACAGCUUCAUGUCAGGCAAAUCCUGCAUCCUGAGGCUUCCAAGAAGAAUGUAUUAUUGCCUGAAUGCUUCUAUUCCUUUUUUGAUCUUCGGAAAGAGUUUAAGAAGUGUUGCCCUGGUUCACCUGAUAUUGAUAAACUGGAUGUUGCAGCAAUGACAGAGUGUUUAAAUUUUGAGAAGAAUAGUUCAGCCUCCCGGUAUGGAGCCUGUCAAGUUGAAGAUAUGGGAAAUAUAAUUUUAGCAAUGAUUUCAGACCCUCAUAAUCACAGGUUUUCAGAUCCAGAAAGAGUAAAUUACAAAUUUGAAAGUGGCACUUGCAGCAAGAUGGAACUUAUUGAUGACAACACGGUAGUCAGGGCACGAGGUCUGCCGUGGCAGUCUUCCGAUCAAGAUAUUGCAAGGUUCUUCAAAGGACUCAACAUUGCCAAGGGAGGUGCAGCACUUUGUCUGAAUGCCCAGGGUCGAAGGAACGGAGAAGCUCUGGUUAGGUUUGUGAGUGAGGAGCACAGAGACCUAGCGCUCCAGAGGCACAAACAUCACAUGGGGACCCGGUACAUUGAGGUUUACAAAGCAACAGGUGAAGAUUUUCUUAAAAUUGCUGGCGGUACAUCCAAUGAGGUAGCCCAGUUUCUCUCCAAGGAAAACCAAGUCAUUGUCCGCAUGCGGGGGCUCCCAUUCACGGCCACAGCUGAUGAAGUGGUGGCCUUCUUUGGACAGCAUUGCCCCAUCACUGGGGGGAAGGAAGGCAUCCUCUUUGUUACAUACCCAGAUGGUAGGCCAACAGGGGAUGCUUUUGUCCUCUUUGCUUGUGAGGAAUAUGCACAGAACGCAUUGAGGAAGCAUAAGGACUUGUUGGGUAAAAGAUACAUUGAACUCUUCAGGAGCACAGCAGCUGAAGUUCAGCAGGUGCUGAAUCGAUUCUCCUCGGCCCCUCUCAUUCCGCUUCCAACCCCUCCCAUUAUUCCAGUACUACCUCAGCAAUUUGUGCCCCCUACAAACAUUAGAGACUGUAUACGCCUUCGAGGUCUUCCCUAUGCAGCCACAAUUGAGGAUAUCCUGGACUUUCUGGGGGAAUUUUCAACCGAUAUUCGGACUCAUGGGGUCCACAUGGUAUUGAAUCACCAGGGACGCCCAUCAGGAGAUGCCUUUAUCCAGAUGAAGUCUGCGGACAGAGCAUUUAUGGCUGCACAGAAGUGUCAUAAAAAAACCAUGAAGGACAGAUAUGUUGAAGUCUUUCAGUGUUCAGCUGAGGAGAUGAACUUUGUGUUAAUGGGGGGCACUUUAAAUCGAAAUGGCUUAUCCCCACCGCCAUGUAAGUUACCAUGUCUGUCUCCUCCCUCCUACACAUUUCCAGCUCCUGCAGCAGUUAUUCCUCCUGAAGCUGCCAUUUAUCAGCCCUCUGUGCUCUUGAAUCCACGAGCACUGCAGCCCUCCACGGCAUACUACCCAGCGGGCACCCAGCUCUUCAUGAACUACACAGCAUACUAUCCCAGAAAAGAAUAUUCUCUUUUGCAUCAAAGCUGUACCACAGCCCCCCAGGUUCGCCCAAUAGUCUUGGCUACUUCCCUACAGCUGCUAAUCUUAGCGGUGUCCCUCCACAGCCUGGCACGGUGGUCAGAAUGCAGGGCCUGGCCUACAAUACUGGAGUUAAGGAAAUUCUUAACUUCUUCCAAGGUUACCAGUAUGCAACCGAGGAUGGACUUGUACACACAAAUGACCAGGCCAGGACUCUAUCCAAAGAAUGGGUUUGUAUUUAAGGGCCCCAGCAGUUAGACCAUCCUCAGAAAAGAAGUGUUUGAAAGAUGUAUGGUGAUCCUGAAACCUUCAGACAUAAGAUAACUUCUAGCAACUUCAGGAGAAGUUUGUCUACACUCAGGCUGCAGUAUUUUCAGCAAACAUGAUUGGACAGUGGGCCUGUGCCCUAUCUUUUGGUGGAGUGAAAAAUUUGAGCCAGUGAAGCCAAAUUCUUAUUGCAAGCAGCAUGCUUGGCUCCUUGAUGAUUGCAAAUAGGCAUUUAAAAUGCGAAUUUGAAAUCGGGUGUCUCCAUCACUACCAGCUAACGUGGCAUCAUAGGUGUUUUCUAAGUUUUAAGUCUGGGGGGAAAAAAAAUACUCCACUAGUGUCUACUGUCUCCAUCAGGAACUCUGUUAUGGAAGCUUCAUUUUUGUGAGUUCCCACUCUUUUCUCCCCAUCUUCUGCACAAUCACGUGCUCUUCCUAAGUAACUCAAGAAUAAGUCCUGCAAUACUAAGUCACAAACUUACAAAAAGAAAUAAAACUAAUAUUUUCCCAGUCUCUUGGCCAUCACAAUGUCUUACAGUUAAAAGCCACCGAAACUAUUCUUAAAACACCUUGGAAGAAGUGAGCAGAAAUUGCACACCCACCACAAAACAUACAUAGUUAAAAAGUUGGAUUUUUUUCUCAGUAGGUAUCAGUUGUAAAUAUGAACGAUCUAGGGGCCAAAAUGUAAAACCAAAAAUGAAGCAGCUACAUGUAGUUAGUAAUUUCUAGUUUGAAUUGUAAUUGAAUAUUAUGGCUUCAUAUGUAUUAUUUUAUAUUGUACUAUUCCCAUUAUUGAUGGUUUGGACUUUAAUGAGGAAUUCCAUAGUUUUUAAUAUCACAAAAAUGAGAUAUUUGAACAGUGUAUUCUAGAAAGCAAUAUACUAACUAAAGUGAAUGCUUGUAUAUAUUAAGAUAGCCUUAAAACUUCUUCUCUAAUGCCUUAACUGUCAAAUAAUUAAAACUUUUAAAAGCAUAGGAUUAUAGUCAGCAUGCUAGACUGAGAGGUAAACACUGAUGUGAGAACCGGUACUGAUGCUGUCAGUGUUUAGCACUGUGUGUUUAGCUGUGUUUAUGCUCCAAAAGUGCAAUAUUAGACACUAGCUAGAUAGUACUGCUGCCUCGUGUUAACUCCAAAGAGGAAACAGGAUUUGAUUGAGUGCACAUGUUUCUUUAAUUUACUCAUACUGUCCUUAGCUUGGAUGCAAUGCCAUGCAGAUUUAUGUGGCUGCUAUUUUUAUUUACUUUGCAUUACUUUAACACCUUGAGUGGAGAGCCAAACAUUCCCUCUUCACUGACCAGCAAUGGCCCUUUAACUGCAGUAG